UGUCCUUUCCUGAUUGGGACACUGGAAUCCAGUCAGGUGCUGUUCUUUAGGCUAUAGUGUGGUAAACACAAGACUGAUGCACACCACAGCCUUCUUCAGCGGAGGGACAACUGUAGGCAGAGGAGAAGUAUGCCGAGGUACACAGUGCAUGUCCGAGGGGAAUGGCUAGCAGUGCCUUGCCUAACUGGUGCUAACACGGUGAGAUGGCUGGGGAAGGAAGCUGUGAGACGUUACAUGAAAAACAAGCCUGAUAAUGGGGGCUUUGCCUCAGUGGAAGAAGUGAAAUUCUGUGUUCAGAGGUGCAAAAGCUUUGGCUUGCUGGAUCUUGAUGAUACUUUGGACAACACACUAGAGGACAACGAGUUUGUUGAAGUUGUUAUAGAAGGAGAUGUAAUGUCUUCAGAUUUCAUUGCAUCUAAGCUAGAGGGAGUUGAUUUAUAUAGCAAAUAUCAAGAACCAGAAAAGUAUAUUUAUUUAGAUGGGAACAGUUUAACACCAGAGGACCUGGUCAAUUUAGGAAAGGGGCUCUACAAGAUCAAGCUCACACCUGAAGCUGAAGCUAAAGUCAGACAAUCAAGAGAAGUGAUUGAAAGAAUUGUAAAAGAACAGACUGUUGUUUAUGGAAUCACCACUGGCUUUGGGAAGUUUGCUCGAACAGUUAUUCCAACUAGUAAACUCAAGGAACUUCAAGUGAAUUUAGUUCGAUCACAUUCCGCAGGUGUCGGGAAGCCUUUGAUCCCAGAGAGAUCUCGCAUGCUUUUAGCUCUCAGGAUCAAUGUCUUAGCAAAAGGAUACAGUGGAAUUUCACUGGAAACUCUCCAGCAAGUUAUUGAAGCAUUUAAUGCAUCGUGCCUGCCUUAUAUCCCCGAGAAAGGAACGGUUGGAGCCAGUGGAGACUUAGCCCCUCUUUCUCAUCUUGCUUUGGGGUUCAUAGGAGAAGGGAAGAUGUGGUCCCCAAAGAGUGGCUGGGCUGAUGCUAAAUAUGUGCUGCAAGCCCAUGGCCUGAAACCGAUAACCUUGAAACCAAAGGAGGGUCUGGCUCUUAUCAACGGAACCCAAAUGAUCUCCUCUCUGGGAUGUGAAGCAGUGGAACGAGCCAGCGCUAUUGCUAGGCAAUCAGACAUAGUUGCUGCACUAACACUUGAAGUCCUGAAGGGUACAACUAGAGCCUUUGACACUGAUAUCCAUGCAGUGCGUGCCCAUCGGGGGCAGAUUGAAGUGGCAUUCCGAUUUAGGUCGCUUUUAGACUCUGACCAUCAUCCAUCAGAAAUAGCAGAGAGUCACAGAUUUUGUGACAGAGUUCAGGAUGCAUAUACACUGCGCUGUUGCCCUCAGGUCCACGGUGUGGCGAAUGACACGAUAGCUUUUGUAAAGGACAUAAUCACGACUGAAAUUAACAGUGCAACGGACAAUCCUAUGGUUUUUGCUGAAAGGGGAGAGAUCAUUUCUGGAGGAAAUUUUCAUGGUGAAUACCCUGCAAAGGCUCUGGACUACCUGGCAAUUGGUGUCCAUGAACUUGCUGCAAUUAGUGAAAGAAGGAUUGAAAGACUAUGCAACCCAUCUCUCAGUGAGCUGCCUGCAUUUCUAGUCACCGAAGGGGGUCUAAAUUCUGGUUUCAUGAUUGCUCACUGCACAGCAGCGGCCCUGGUUUCUGAGAAUAAAGCCUUGUGCCACCCCUCUUCUGUGGAUUCUCUCUCAACCAGUGCUGCUACAGAGGACCAUGUGUCCAUGGGCGGAUGGGCUGCACGAAAAGCAUUAAAAGUUAUUGAACAUGUUGAACAAGUGUUGGCCAUUGAACUUCUUGCAGCCUGCCAGGGCAUUGAGUUCCUACGCCCCCUGAGAACAACCACCCCAUUGGAGAAAGUCUAUGACCUUGUGCGCUCUGGUGUAAGGCCUUGGCUAAAGGAUCGCUUCAUGGCCCCAGACAUUGAGGCGGCUCACAGGCUGCUUGUGGAGCAGAAGGUUUGGGAAGUAGCUGAACCUUACAUUGAAAAAUAUAGACUGGAGCAUAUUCCUGAAUCAAGACCUGUUUCACCCACAGCCUUUUCUCUGGAUUCAUUGAGAAUGAAUAAAUGUGUUGGGACUGAUCACAGUGAUCAGAAUGAACUUUAAUGUGCUAUGAAGUCUGGUAGCUAGAAAAUCCUUUCCAGUGCUUUCUUUGAUGGAGAUUGUUUUAUGAUGAUACAACAUGGUUUCUUCCUAGGAUAUAAAGGAAGCGUGUAUAGGUAGUUGUCUCACCUGUAAAAAGAUGGUGUCAAAUUGUAGAGUGGAUUAGAUUGAAUAUACUGAUGAUCUAAUUUAAACAAUGGUCUAGAUACACCAUUGGUACAACUCCAUUGACUUCAGUGGACUUGCGCCUGCUAAUGCUGGCCCUGAAUUUGGCCAAAUGAGAUCAAACAUGAAGCAAUCAGUUUAAUUAGAAAUGCAUCAAAUCUUAGUCCUUAAUUAGGCAAAACUUCCACUGAAGCCAAUGGGAGUUUAGCCUAAAAACUGCUUGAUUUGGCCUAAUAUCCUUAUUUACAAAAAAAAUAUGUGGAAUGGACACAUUAUAUAGUACGGAGCUGGCUAACUGCAAUGGCAGAAUAUUACUGGGGUUACCUUUUCCUUACUGAUUUAAAAAGCAAACAAACUAUGAUAUUCCUAUAAAAAGUAAAUUCUUCAUGUGAAUAAUCCUGGCUAUUUAUGAAUAUGUAAUCCACCCACUCUGCAGCUGGUAAGAUAAGUUUGCAUUAAUGUCAGCUGGAGGGAGCUGUGUUG